AUGGCAAGUUACAACAAGGUCAUCCUGAUGGGGAAUCUGACACGGGACCCUGAAGUGAAAUUUCUGCCGAGCGGAACAGCCAUCGCUAAUUUUGGAUUGGCUAUGAGUGAACGGUAUACUGACCGGCAAACUGGUGAACAGAGAGAGAAUGUCUGCUUUGUUGAUAUAGAAGCAUGGGAUAAGCAGGCAGAGUUAGUCGGUGAGUAUUUCAGUAAAGGCAGCCCCAUUUUGGUUGAGGGGGCCCUCAAGUAUGAUUCGUGGGAAGCUGAAGACGGAACGAAGCGGAACCGUCUUAAAGUCCGUCUGAUGCGGUUUCAGUUUGUUGGGAAACGUGAGGACAAUGAGGCGGGCGGCGGUUACGCCGAUGCCCAACCUGCGGCUGCACCAAGACAGGCUGCAUCUUAUCAGGACGCACCAGCUCCCGCUGCGAGUGACGCAUCUUCCGCAACAGAGGACGACAUUCCGUUUUAA